AUGAGCAUAUACCGGAGAAUCUCCUCACAGUCUGCUCCUAAUCCUGAACAGCCUUCAUGGCUGACUCCUCAGGAGCUCAAGCUGGAAGAGAACAUGCACCGGACCUUAGGAGAACAUUAUGAAAUAAGAGAGUCACCGGGGCGAGCCUUCGGUGACUUACGUAAUGGACAGUACACUGGGAAUAUAGGAAAACUGCAGCGUGAAGAGGCAGACUUCUGCACCAUAGUGGCGCCCACACGAGGACGCCUCCAAGUUUCUUUGUUUGCAAGGCUGUAUCAAGCUGAUAAGAUGGUCAUAACCUCUCUAAAGCCCACGCUCCUACCUGCACACCUUUCUCUGGUCAGGCCAUUUGAAGGAGAACUGUGGCUUGGGCUGCUGGUGAGCGUGUUGACGUGGGGUGUGGUAAUGUGGGUGUUACAUAGGGCGUCGCAGUGGUUUACAAGAGGUCGUGGUGUAAAGUUCAGCACCGCCCUCAUGUAUGGCUGGGGCGCCGUCCUGGAGCAACCACCCUCCAACCCCUGUGUCAGCGACUCAGGAAGAAUUCUGGUGGGGUGGUGGCUGGUGUUUUGUCUGGUCAUAAGUACAGGAUACCGCUCUUCGUUGAUGGCCCACCUGACAGUCCAGGGAAUAUCGGACACUCUGGACACCUUCCAAGACCUUUUAGAUCAAGACGGUUGGAGGUGGAGCACUGAACCUUGGCAGUUUAGUGGGGCAACCUUGGAAUAUUUUUCAAAAAAUACUGACCCAGUGGUGAAGAAGAUCAAUGACGCAAUGGAGGUGUACGUUAUAAAGGAGUCACUGGAGAAGGUGCUGGAGGGUGGCUUCUCCUUCAUUAGCGUGAAGAACUACGUGAAGGUAUUCGUUUCUUCCUGGUUCGCCAAUAACAAGGGAGAGACGCCCUUCUACAUCAGUAACAAUGGGAUCUAUGUGCUACUGUGCUUUGGGUGGGGAUUCAGGAAAGGUGCACCAUUUUAUGCAAAAUUUAAUCUGAUGAUAUCACGACUGGAAGAUGCUGGCAUUAUAGAGUACUGGACUGAAGAGGUGAUAGACAAGCGUGUGAAAGAAAACAGGGAGGCUGCAACCUUGGACCUCGUAAAGGACACACCGCAGGCCGACACACAGGUGGUGCUGGGGAUGCACCACUUACAAGGAGCUUUUUACCUAUUGACGGGAGGUUCUGGCAUCGCAUUCAUCAUCCUGCUGUUGGAGAAAUACGGCAGCAACCGCGCCGCCCCUCCUCACUGAUACACUUUGUAGCAUCUUCAGCCUCUGGCGUAACUUUCUUCACCACCGUUGAUGGAGACAUUAAGAAAAUCACUAGAAUUGAAAUUGGAGUGAUAAGCUGACUAUUUAGUUAUAUUUAGUUAAUUAGAUAAGAAGAUACUUGAUGAACCACCAAUAUAUUUUUCGAGUAAGGAUUUAUUUUCCCAAAGAACUGUCUCUUUAGUGAUCGUGUUUAUACCAUCUACACGAUCAUGUUUUAUUUAUGGACGUUAAGAUGGGUAUUUUCACUUCAUAAUAGGUAGAAAAAAUUAUGCACAUGGAGAUAAGCUAUGUAUU